CACGUGAUCAUCGUAUGUAUAUAGUCAUAUCACGUGAUCAUCGUAUGUACGUAGUCGUAUCACGUGAUCAUCUCAUAUCACGUGAUCGUCGUAUAUAUAUAGUCAUCAUAUCACGUGAUCAUCGUAUGUAUAAAGUCUUCAUAUCACAUGAUCAUCAUAUGUAUAUAGUCAUCAUAUCACGUGAUCAUCAUAUGUAUAUAGUUAUCAUAUCACGUGAUUAUCAUAUGUAUAUAGUCAUCUUUUCACGUGAUCAUCGUAUGUAUAUGGUCAUCRUAUCACGUGAUCAUCGUAUGUAUAUAGUCACCAUAUCACGUGAUCAUCUCAUCAUAUCACGUGAUCAUCGUAUGUAUAUAGUCAUAUCACGUGAUCAUCGUGUGUAUAUAGUCAUCAUAUCACGUGAUCAUCGUAUGUAUAUAGUCAUCAUAUCACGUGAUCAUUGUAUGUAUAUAG